AUGGAGGCGACGGUGCUCAGCGUGGGCAAGUCCGUGGUGAAUGGAGCGCUUAGCUAUGCCAAAUCCGCCGUCGCCGAGGAGGUGGCUUUGCAGCUGGGUGUCCAACGUGACCAGGCAUUCAUCACAGAUGAGCUCGAGAUGAUUCAGGGUUUCCUGAUGGCUGCACACAAAGAGAAAGACGACGACAAUGUAGUGAAGAUCUGGGUGAAGCAAGUCCGGGACGUGGCCUACGAUGUCGAAGAUUGCCUACAGGAUUUCGCCGUUCGUGUUGACAAGUCAUUCUGGUGGUGCAUCCCUUCCACGCUACUAGACAGACGCAGUGUGGCCAUGGAGAUGAAGGAGCUUAGAGCCAAGGUAGAGGAUGUGAGCCAGAGGAGUGCACGCUACCGUCUCAUCAGAAGCUCUUUCCCCAAGCCUACAGGCACAGCCGAGCAGUCUACAAUCAGCACUGAAGUACAACUUCAGAUCGCUGAAGCUGCAGGCACUACACUGAAGGAAUGUAACAAGGUGGAUCUUUCUAAACUGAUAACUGAUGAUGAAAAUGACCAUAGGGUGAUCGCAGUGUUGGGAGCAAACAACGAUUUUGGGGUGACGUCCAUCAUCAGAUAUGUCUAUAACGAUCAAGAUGUCAAAGACAUGUUUGAGUGCCGCGCCUGGGUAAAGCUGAUGCACCCCUUCAAUCCCAAUGACUUCUUCAUGGGCAUGGUGAGACAGUUCUAUGAGGAUUUAUGCGAAGGAACAGAAAAAGAAGCAAAAAGAACAGCUACAGGGGUGAAGAUUUUGAAGCAGAUGGCAUCGCAAGACAAUUUGGUUGAUGAAUUUAAUCGUUAUGUGACAGAGAAGAGGUAUCUGGUUGUCAUUACUGAUGUAUCUACCAUAGAAGAGUGGGAUUGGAUCAAAACAUACUUCCCAAGCAAGAAAAGGAGCCGGAUUAUUUUGUCCACGCAGAAGUUCGAAGUCGCUAGCUUGUGUAUUGAGCACGGUUACACGGUAUCAGAGAUAGAGCAGCAGUGGUCAUCUGAUAAGGAAUUUUUUGUCUUCUACAAGCAGGUAGAUACCAAAGAGGAAGGCAAGCCCAGCAUUGGCACAACAGCUGAUAUCGCAAGUGCUAGUUCAAUUGAACCAGUGGCAUCUGCCUCCCACGAUGACCAGCUUAUCGAUCGGGGAAAAGCAAAAGGUGAGGAACUUGGUGAGAGGUUUCAGAGGCGUGCUUGGUUAACCAUGUCUCGUUCUUUCGAAGAUCAGGAGUUCCUUGGAGAACUGAUCCGGCAACUAAGCCGUGAAGAGAGAGGAAAUGCUGACAAGCUGCGAACUGAUUCAGUGGAUAUUGGGGCUCUUGUUGAACUCAAGAAAUAA